AGGAGAGGGUUCAAAGGUCUUUCCGCAUGGAAACCCCUUUUCUCUCCUUCCUUCCUUCCCUCCCUCUCAGGCUGCCCUACUCCCUCCUCUCUCUUCUCCUCCUCCUCCUACUCCUUUGGGCUGGGAUCACAGGGGUGGGAGGGCCAGAAGCUUCCUUGAGGAAACAAGGCUGCAAUUGAGGGAGGGCAAGCUCAUGCUUCACCACUGGCAGAUGCGCUGAGGGAGAAGCACCCGGCUCCUCCUCCUUGUCAAUCUCAACGUGGCUUUGAAUUAGCCAGUUAGGAAUGCAGGUCCUUGUUAGUUUGGAAGAUUCAUUUGGGAAAUGUGGCCGGAGUGACCCUUUGAGAUGCUGUGGAAGCAGAGUCGGGAGUCCCUGUGGCAUGAGAGAUAAUGACGUAAUCAAUAAAGAAAUCCUUGUUCCUUUGAGCAUUUAGCACAAUGCUGGUAAUUCACGGAAACCCAUGAUCCAGAAUAUGUUACACCCUUGAAUGUUGGAAGGAGUUCUGCCUGCCUUGUGUUCCUUUAACCACGUUUGGAUUUGACCCAAUGAAAUUAGUGUGGUCCUCCAAUAUGGGAAAAGGGUUCAGUUCCUUCCUUCCGUGAUUCCUUCCUUCUCUUAUCCUCUCCUUCUGUGUUUCCUCCCUUCCUUCCACCUUUCCUUUCUUCUUUCCUUUUUCGCUUUGUUUACCUUGAGCCAGAGGUAUGCGGCUUCAUGUCUAACCUUUUGCUUCUUCUUUCUUGACCAGGACACGAGAGUUCUCUGGAGCCACCCCUGCCGUGAUGGGAAACGAACCAGCUUCUAGUAGAUAUUAAGGAAUUUGGAAACCAAAGUGCAGUAAGGAAACCAGUCCCCUAGGAAAAAGGAUUCCUCUCAAGGGUCUGAUCUUGCUGAAUUCCUACAUUCACUUUGGAUUAUAGAGUAGAACCAUAGAGUCGGAAGAGACUGCGUGAGGCACCCAGUCCAGGCCUCUGCCGUGCAGGAAAAGUGCAAAGUACCCCUGACAGAUGAGCAUCUAGCCUCUGUUUAAAGGAUUCCAAAGGAGCCUCCACUACAUUUUGAGGCAGAGAGUUCCACUGCUGAACAACUCGUACAGUCAGGAAGUUCUUAAUGUUCAGGAGGAAUCUACUUUCCUGUAAUUUGAACCCAGUGCUGUGAGUAACCAGAAAGGGAAAAACAAGAGUCAAGUGUCCAUAUUGCAAUUAAAUGUACAUAACACGACAUGGAGGAGAAAGCAUAUAAAUGUAUCGAAUGUGGAAAGAGCUUUAGUCAGCAUGGAAAGCUGAAGAGACAUCAAAGGACUCACACUGGGGAGAAACCCUAUAACUGCCUGGAGUGUGGACAGAGCUUCACUGAGAAUGGACACUUACAAAGACAUCAAAGGACUCACACUGGGGAGAAACCCUAUAACUGCCUGGAGUGUGGAAAAAGCUUUGCUCAUAAUUCAACCCUCCAUGCACAUCAAAGGACUCACACUGGGGAGAAACCCUAUAUAUGCCUGGAGUGUGGACAGAGAUUUCCUCAGAAUGGAGGCUUACAAAUACAUCAAAGGACUCACAGUGGGGAGAAACCCUUUAAAUGCCUGGAGUGUGGACAGAGCUUUUCUGCUAGUUCAACUCUACGUAAACAUCAAAGGACACACACUGGGGAGAAACCCUAUAACUGCCUGGAGUGUGAACAGAGCUUUGCUGAUAGUUCAGCUCUACGUCAACAUCAAAGUACUCACACUGGGGAGAAACCCUAUACAUGCCGGGAGUGUGGACAGAGCUUUGCUCAUAGUUCAAGUCUACGUUCACAUCAAAGGACUCACACAGGGGAGAAACCCUAUACAUGCCUGGAGUGUGGACACAGCUUUGCUCAUAGUUCAGGUCUACGUUCACAUCAAAGGACUCACACAGGGGAGAAACCCUAUACAUGCCUGGAGUGUGGACACAGCUUUGCUCAUAGUUCAGGUCUACGCGAACAUCAAAAGACUCACACUGGGGAGAAACCCUAUAACUGCAAGGAGUGUGGACAGAGCUUUGCUCAUAGUUCAAGUCUACGUGGACAUCAAAGGACUCACACUGGGGAGAAACCCUAUAAAUGCCUGGAGUGUGGACAGACCUUUGCUCAUAGUUCAAGUCUACGUUCACAUCAAAGAACUCACACUGGGGAGAAACCCUAUACAUGCCUGGAGUGUGGACAGAGCUUUGCUCAGAGUUCAGGUCUACGUUCACAUCAAAGGACUCACACAGGGGAGAAACCCUAUACAUGCCUGGAGUGUGGACACAGCUUUGCUCAUAGUUCAGGUCUACGUGAACAUCAAAGGACUCACACUGGGGAGAAACCCUAUAAAUGCCUGGAGUGUGGACAUACCUUCAGUCAUAGUGGAUAUCUACGUAAACAUCAAAGGACUCACACUGGGGAGAAACCCUAUACAUGCCUGGAGUGUGGACACAGCUUUGCUCAUAGUUCAGGUCUACGUGAACAUCAAAGGACUCACACUGGGGGGAAACCCUAUAAAUGCCUGGAGUGUGGACAUACCUUCAGUCAUAGUGGAUAUCUACGUAAACAUCAAAGGACUCACACUGGGGAGAAACCAUAGAAAUGCAUGGAGUGUGGACAGAGUUUUUCACAGAAUAAGAUUAUACAUAGACAUCAUAGAAUUCACCCUGGAGAGAAUGGUGUUAAUUGACACCAGAGUCUCAUUCUAACAUGUACAAAAGCAACUCUUGCAAAUUUUGGAAAUGCAAGCUCAAAGUUGGGACAUUUCAUCACAUGUGGUGUAUUGUAGAAAGAUUGAACUAAAACUACAGUGUUCCCUCACUUAUCCCGGGGGUUAGGUUCCAGAACCACCCGCAAUAAGUGAAAAUCCGCAAAGUAGGGAUGCUAUAUAUUUCUACAUUAUUUUAGUAGUUAUACACUAUUUUAAGUCUUUAUCAAGAAAUCAUGUGUUGAUCAAUCGCCUCCUUCUCCUCUUGUUGCCGCUUGGGCUCCUUUUCUCUCCCUUUGGCUUCUCCUUCCUCCCUUCCUUAGGCUGUACAUUGUAAUUUUUUUAUUAUUUAUAGUAGUCUUUUAGAGUUCAUUGAAAAACUGCAAAACAGCGAAUCCGCAAAGAGCGAAGUAGUGAGAGAACUCUGUAUGUUCCAUUCUGGAAGUAAUUAUAUUAUCUAAAUGGAGUAGAAUAAUGAGAGAUAAAAAUUAACAGAAUGAGGCCUUUAGGCAUUUAUCCCUGUCUGUUUGUUAGUUCAGUUGUGUGUCUAUGAAGGUAACUGUUUCGCGGGUCUGUUUGUUUCUGAUUUAGUUUUGUAUCUCAUGUAGUAGUUAGUUUCAUGUGUAGUUGAAGCAUUAUAUACAAUUUCUGCCUUUUUUGUAAUGUUGCUUUUAAUCUCUCUUUUUUAUUUUAUUUUUUUUUUGCCACAAAGAGGGGGAUUUAUAAGGGACAAAACUGCUGAAACUGUCAACUUGUUUUGUUCUGAACCCAAAGGUUUCCUGUUCUUUGGAUGCCGAGUGUUCAGGGAAGAGUGAGGUCUGUGAGAUCAGUGAGUAGAAAAUAAGACACAAUUUAGAUAAUCGUUUGUGACACAACAACAACCCUUGUAGUAGUCAGUGGGAUAUUCUGUUUGCCUUCUUUAAUGUCAAAUAAGAUAUUGUGCUCAGAUAUAAAGAUUUAUAAAGGAAACACCACAAUGGAUAUAAAACAAUGGGAAGCGCGGGCAGCAGAUUAUGUGUGCUCACCACACCUCACACAGAUAGGACCACGUGUGCUAUAAACAUGGAAGAUGUGAUACAUUCACACAAGAUACAGGAAUGGGAUGUGUUUGUGUUACUCCUGCUCAGCUAAUGUUAUGGUCUGAUGGAAAUAUAAUAGAACCCGAUAAACAAACAUUCGGUUGAAAUGUAAAUGUAACAUAACUUUUGUUCAAGAUGAUGAAACUGGGAAUUUGGUGUAAGUGGUGGAGAAUGGAGACAGUGAAAUAGACUUGAAGUUUAAAAAGUUAUCCAUAACUAUAAGAUAAGGAAUUAAUUGGGAAAAAUUAAAUAUACUAGUAAAAACAAAUCAGCAGGUGAAGAAACAUUUGGAGAGUUAUGAGGAAAGAAGUAAGAAAGGUUUUGUUAGGAUCCAAGAGGUUGGUGGAGAACGUCAGAGCGUGGCCGCAGAAGGAAGCAGCCCGACAGAACGUCACUGGUGUGAUGAAAUCAACGGAUAUUCACCCAAAGCGGCAGCAGCAUGUUUACAUCUAUUGAUGCACCCAAUAGUAAGGUGAGGGCUACAAGGAGUGACUGAUCGAUUUUCUGUAUUUGAAAACAAAUUGCAAUACUUAGAAACGCAAUUCUGAACUGUGAUGUAUGUUGACUCUAUUGAGAGGGUUGAUGGGCCAAAGGGCCUGCAUUUCUAUUCUAUUUCUAUUCUAUUUCUGAUUGCUUUUAAUUAUGCAUUAUUAAGGUGUCCGCUUCAACUUAUUCUAUUAAAGAUGCAACCUGCCUUCUUCCAGAGGAGAGGCAAGUGUCCGUAUGUCGCCACUAUGUUUCUGGAACAUCUUGUGGUCGGCCGAUGUGGUUAAUGUGGUUAAGCUACUUACUGGAACAUAAGUGAACAACAUGUUUUUCUACAAAUGUUGUUCAUGAUAAAGGAAGUACGCUUGCAACACUCUGUACUGUUCCAAAGAAAUGAGGAACAUGAGGAUAUAUUGAGCUUCAUUUCCAAUGUUCUUCACGGCGGUCACCUUUGAUUUGUCCGUCCGUCUAUACUGCAGUAUAAUAAAGGUACUUGUUUUAAACUC